GGGGUAAUUUGAAUUACUUUUUUAAUGACUGGGGUUCCAUUUGACUGUUUGCAUUGAGAUUGCAAUGUGCGCAAUUUUUUUUGUAGUUGUGGCAUCUUGUUGACAUCGAAUAUGACUUUGAUAAUAAAUACCAGUUCCUGAAAAAAAAAGAAAAAGAAAAGCAGCGAUGUAUGCUUUGCUCUAUGCUAACAGUUUGUGCAGAUGUACCAUACUAGAAAAGUCAGAGAUGAGGUGGCUGAGUUGUUAGUUUUCAUUUGUAGGCCAGUGGUUAUAUGUUACGUAAUUUCUGAGUACAUUUUAAGCAAAAGAGAAAGUAGAGAUGUCUUUGAUUAUUGGACUGAAUUUACUGAAAACUAAAAUGUAAUAAUGUUUCACAUUUUUGUCUUUCAAGAAUAUCCCAAUACCAACCCUAAAAGAUUUUGCAAAGGCUUUGGAAACCAACACACAUGUGAAACAUUUCAGUCUUGCAGCCACCCGAAGCAAUGACCCUGUUGCUAUUGCUUUUGCAGAUAUGCUAAGAGUGAACAAAAAUUUGAAGAGCUUAAAUAUGGAAUCCAACUUUAUUACAGGAAUUGGGAUUCGAGCACUGAUCGAUGCUUUGAAAGAGAAUGAAACCCUGAUGGAACUGAAAAUUGACAACCAGAGGCAGCAGCUGGGGACAGCUGUAGAAUUGGAAAUGGCCAACAUGCUUGAGGAGAAUACCAAUAUCCUUAAAUUUGGAUAUCAGUUUACUCAGCAAGGACCCCGAACCAGGGCAGCUAAUGCAAUAACAAAAAACAAUGACUUAGUUCGCAAGAGACGGGUUGAAGGAGACCACCAAUAAGUCUGCAAACCUGUCAUAUUUGGAAGACAUUGAAAGAUCACCGAGGGUUCUUGUCAUAUCAGAUGUAAAAUUUUCCUGGGUAGAAGGGAAAAGACUGGAAAUCUUUUUUUUUUUUCUUUUUUUAAUUACAUGUAUCUUUUUUUCUAGUUUAAGGUUGUUACCAGUUUCAAACUGUAAAAUCAAUAGUAGGUGAUAUUUUGUAUACUAAAGCAUUAUUUCUGCUAAAAUUGAUUUUAAUUUAGCUUAAUUAAAUGUUUUGUGAUGAGUUGGGUUAAAAAAAAUACAGUUGUAAAAAAGUUUAGGAAGUCAUUUAUGUAGAAUAAUAUGAACAUUUUAAGGACCAAUAUUUUUUAAGUCAAAAAGGGACAUUGCUGAUGUCAGAACUGCUGUCGUACUUCUUAGGUACAAGGCACUUCAAAGCUUUCCUCAUUCCAUGGCAUGGAGACUUUUCCAUGUUUUCUAGAACACACACACUUCUUUCUUGAAAAAAGCAAAAUGCCAACAUCUUAAAACAGAUUACUUAAAACUUGGUCAUCUGUCUUAAGAGUCAAAGCAGGUCUCUAGGCGAGAGGAAGCGGUCUCCAGUGCUUCCCGCACACUGCACCUGUCUGGGGUGUCUCAGCACCUACAGUCUUUUUAAACAAAGUCAUCAGCUUGGCUAGGUUACACACUUUGUUUAAAAAGUAGUUAUGUCAAAAAAUAAAAAGUAGUUAUGUCUAAAUUCAUUACAGGCUUUCAUUUUAAUAAUGUGGGCAUUAUUAAAUUUUUGUGAAAGUUCACAGUAAAAAAAAAAUCUGAGUAGGAAAGCUAUUUUCUUCCCUGUAAAAGGCAUACAGCUCACUCUGUUAUUUAGGGUAAAAGGAAAAAAAGAGCAGUUGUUAAACACAUGAAAUCAGACUUAUUAAAUGGUGGAGAUUAAGUCUUAGGAGCAUACAGAACGGUCCUUUAAAUUGAUGGUUACUCUGAAGUAAAUUAGAAGCUGACCUGCGUAUACAUUAAGAGUUU